AUGUCUUCAUUAUAUACCAAGUUGGUUAAAGGGGCGACCAAGAUAAAGAUGGCCCCUCCAAAGCAAAAAUACGUGGACCCUAUUCUCUCAGGCACUUCGAGCGCAAGGGGAUUACAAGAGAUUACCCACGCAUUGGAUAUAAGGUUAUCUGAUACAGCUUGGACCAUUGUCUAUAAGGCAUUGAUUGUGUUGCAUCUCAUGAUACAACAGGGUGAAAAAGAUGUCACGCUAAGGCACUAUUCUCAUAAUUUGGACGUCUUCCAGUUAAGAAAGAUUUCACAUACUUCUAAGUGGUCUUCUAAUGAUAUGAGGGCUUUGCAGAGAUAUGACGAAUACCUAAAGACACGUUGUGAGGAAUAUGGUAGGCUAGGUAUGGAUCAUCUACGAGAUAAUUACUCUUCGCUAAAGCUGGGCAACAAGAAUCAGCUUUCAAUGGAUGAAGAGCUAGAUCAUGUCGAAUCAUUGGAAAUUCAAAUCAAUGCUUUGAUAAGGAAUAAAUACUCUGUUUCAGAUCUAGAAAACCAUUUACUAUUGUAUGCGUUUCAAUUAUUAGUGCAAGAUCUACUGGGCCUGUAUAAUGCUCUUAAUGAAGGUGUCAUUACACUUUUGGAAUCAUUCUUCGAGUUGUCCAUUGAACACGCCAAGAGAACAUUAGACCUUUACAAAGAUUUCGUCGAUAUGACAGAGUAUGUUGUUAGAUAUCUAAAAAUAGGAAAAGCCGUCGGUUUAAAAAUCCCCGUUAUUAAACAUAUUACUACAAAGUUAAUUAACUCCUUAGAAGAGCAUUUGAGGGAGGAAACGAAAAGACAAAGAGGUGCAUCUCCCAAACAGCAACAAGAUAGAAAACCAUCUGCAGCUAUUAGCUCUACCAGCGAUCAUGAUAACAGCAACAAUAAUAGAUCUGUGGCGCAGCAAAAACUGGAGCAGAUAAGGGAACAAAAAAAGCUGCUGGAGCAACAAUUACAAAAUCAGCAGUUACUCAUUUCCCCCACGGUCGCACAAGAUGCUUAUAACCCAUUUGGAUCGCAACAACAAGAUUUAAAUAAUGACACCUUCUCAUUCGAGCCAACCCAACCUCAAAUGAGUGCUCAAGUCCCUCAACAAACUGCCAAUCCAUUCUUGAUACAACAGCAACAGCAACAGCAACAGCCUUUACAGUUGACAUCUGCAUCUACAAUGCCACAACAAGGUGAAAUACCGAUUACCCCAAACUUGAAUAGUCAACAGACUGGGGUGUAUGCUUCCAACCUCCAAUACACACCAAAUUUCACUGGUUCAGGAUUCGGCGGUUAUACCACCACCGAAAACAACCCAAUGACGACAAGCACUUUAGAUCCAACAAAAACGGGGUCCAACAACCCAUUUUCGUUGGAAAAUAUUGCCAGAGAACAGCAACAACAACCACAUUUCCAGGCUUCCCCAAACCCUUUUAACCUCCAACAAGCGCAAACUACACCAAUUCUUGCUCAUAGUCAAACAGGUAAUCCAUUUCAAGCACAAAACGUGGUAACGUCCCCAAUGACCACAUACAUGACAGGUCCCGGGGCCAGCCAAGUUCCGUAUACCCCCACUGGUAUGCAGCAGCAACAACAAGUGAUGCAAGGUCAACAAACAGGGUAUGUCAUAGUUCCCACUGCGUUUGUCCCCAUUAAUCAACAACAGCAACAAUCGCAGCAUCAGCAAGAAAAUCCUAACUUAAUAGAUAUAUAG